AUGUCACUUAGACUGAUUUCAUCAUUAGAAACUUUACCCGUUGAAACUCUUCAUCAUAUUCUCGAUGAUCUAGAUAUACAAACCAUAUUAUUUUCGUUUCGUAAUACCUGUCGACGAUUUAGAGCAAUUGCUAACAAUUAUGAUCGAUAUAGUCUCAAUUUUGAAUCAAUUUCAAAAUAUGAUUUCGAACGUGUUUGUCGUUUAGUCAAUCCUCGUCAUGUCACAUCACUUACGCUCUGUGAAAAUGAAGAAACACUCGAUCAAAUUAAAUUAUUUCUUUCAUAUUUCAGUCUUCGACAAUUUAAUUGUUUACGUUCAUUGUCUCUUUUAAUAACUGGAGAAGAAAAAUUGAAAGCCAUUGCAGGACAAUUGAGCAUUCGUUUACUUCAAUCAUUCUCACUUAAAAUUGAAAAAUCUGAUGAUCGACGUAAAAAUACAACAGCACGAUUUUUAUCAUCAAUUAUCGCAAAAUCAAAUCUUUCAAAGCUCGAACUCGAUAUUCAAGCAGGUCGAUUAGAAAAAAUAGUUUGGCCAGCUCAAUAUUCAAUUCAAUGUCUGAGAAUUACUAGCAUUAUUGCCUUUGAUCAACUUUGUACUAUUUUCAGUUGUUCACCCCAUUUGAGAACACUAAUGAUAGAAUCUUUUUUUUUUCAAAAUGCUAAUCAAAGUCUCUUGACAUCUUCACUUACGACACCUUUUCAACAAUUAACUUCAUUAACAUUCGAGAAAUUGGACAUACAAAUCGACAAUCUUGAAUUGUUUCUUUCAUUAACAUCUUCGCUGGUUCAUUUGAAAGUGAUUGGUUAUGGAAAUUAUCACGAUGGCAAUCGAUGGGAAUAUUUCAUUCAAUUACAUUUACCUUUAUUGAGUGAAUUUAGAUUUUUCUUUAGUCAAAUGCAAUGUGUUCAGCAGAAUGCUGAAAAUAUUAAAUUAAUUAUAGCACCAUUUCAAACACCGUUUUGGCUAGAAGAUAAAAGAUGGUAUGUUACAUGUGAAGCUGAUAUUAAUACAUCAGGAUUCAUUACAUUGUAUUCCAUACCAAUUUGUGUACCUGUUUUCUCCUACGAAACAAAGAAAGUUUCAAUUUCGACAUAUUCCCAAAUAAAUGAUAAGAAUAUAUCUAUAAUGGACAACGUACGUACAGUUAGAUUAAACUUCACAAAAUUAAUGCCUCUGAAUAUGGAAAAAAAGGAGAACAAAAAAAAUUAUCCAUUGUUUCGCAAAGUAAAAACACUUGAACUUGAAUUUGUUACAACUCGACCUCAUGAUUGGAUUGAAUUUAUUUCUAAUCUUAUUGAUCUAACGACUGUUGUUGAAGUCAAAAUUUCAAGCACACUAAUUCGAAAAUCUGAUCUUUAUAUGUUAAAUGAUAUAGCUAAUCUUCUUAAGAAAACAUGUUGUAUUUCUUCAGUCGAUAUUUGUUCUGGUUUCUUUAGUAGAAAAUCCAGUUUAACUGCUACAGAAAUCUGUUCAUUGUUACCGACACAUGUUAAACAAUUGGCGGUAUCAGUAAAAAAUGUAAAUGAAAUUAAAAGUGUUCUCGAACGAUUUCAACACUUAUCAAGUGUUAAAUUCUACUUUGAUUACACACCAUACUGGAAUGAAGUUACUAAAUGAUUUGGUGCACCUAGGAGUGGAACAAGUCCAUCUUAUCUGCAUAAAGUUUGUAAAUUUUGGUACGAAGGCCGCCUAAAUCCAAGCAUGCCUUUCGAUCAAUUAUAUGAAGUUUUAUUCGCUCUCUCUGGCACUGGUACUGUAUUUAUCAAAUGUUAA